AUGCGUGGGCCGUUGUGCCUCAGGGCUGUGACGGGAUGCCACGACAGAUGGCCCCUCUCUGGAGCUAGACGGUGAUCCGGGUCAGCCAGUGACCAGGAUCACGCUGGCGCCCCCCAGCCCCGGGUCUUGGCUUUGCCCAGAAGGUCCUGUGGCCCUGCGAGCCAUGGAGGCUGCAUCAGUGCUGAGCCCCUCAUCCUGGGAGAAGCGCAGAGCGUGGGUCCGGCAGAGCCGCUGCUGGCGUACCACUGUGCUGGAGGAGGAGGCAGCGGUGGCCGUGCAGGAUGUGUCUGGGCUGCAGCCACCACAUCUAGAUGAUGUCUUCCUUGAAGGAAGCUCCUCCAGCAAGAUUGAGACUUGGCUGCAGGACUGUGGGGCAUCCAUGGAGGUCCUGCCUGAGGAGCCUGGCCUGCCUGCCCCCUAUGGAUGCAGCAGUACCGGGACCAGCUUUGAGGACGACUUGACGCUGGGAGCGGAAGCUCUGUUGUUACCUAGGAGUGACAAAGCCAUGGGCAGCAGGACUCUGCUGGAGAAGCCCUGGCCAGGCCGGUACCCCCACCUUGGGCAUAGCAUGGCAUCCAGUGCCAUCUCUGGUGGCACCAACAAGACCACCUCCAGUGUCUCUGAGAUCCUGGAGCGGUGCCAGGAGGACGCUGAGGAGAUUCUCUACAACUUGGGCUUCGUGCAGGAUGAGCCUCAGGCCACAGCCCGGAUCCCGGCCCGGUUCUUCUCAGCUCCUUCCCAAGCCAAAGGCAUAGAUUUCCAGCUCUUCCUGAAGGCCCAGGUGCAGCGCCUGGAGAUGGAGGAUCCCUGCCUGACCCUGGCCAGUCGGUUCCAGCAAGUGGAGGCCCUGGCUGCGACGGCGGACGCCUUCUUCUGCCUCUAUUCCUAUGUCUCCAAGACCCCCCUGCGGAAGAUUUCACCGGCCCAGAUUUUCUGGGCCUGCCCAGAAAUUCCCAAUUUCUGGGUUGUGCCUGCGAAGACUGAGGCUACGUCUCCCGUGGACCGUCUGAAGAAAGCCAUCUCCAGGAUGUGCCUGUACACCUCACCCAGAGCCAGGUCCUCGCGGAGAGCUAGCAGGGCACCCAGCUGCCGGAGGAGCAGCCUGGGCAGUGUGGUACAGGAGGUGCUGGAGAGGGCGAGGGAGGAGCGGUUCCGAUUUGACCAAACAGAUAUAGAGGAUGUGGAAGGGGCAGACUGUGAGAUGCCCACAGAGACAUUCCAGUGCCAGCAUAGAGUGGAGAGCUCCGUCCAAGAGCCACCGUCCCCAGAGCUAGCAGAGCAUGUUUUGGAGCAUCUCUGCCACGGAGGUGAGGCAGCUGCCAUUUCUCCAGGAGGGAAAGCAGAGCUCCACGCAGUGCCAACCCCACCAAGGCUGCAAUGGGCCCCACAGGGGCUACCUGCUGGCACAGUUGGGGCAUGUGCAGAGGGGGCAGGUAGUCCAGGCUACCAGGAGGAGAAAGGCCCUGGAGAAGCCACUAUGGAGAUGGUUCCUUCCAAAUGGGAGGUCUCCAUGGACACGUCCUGUCCCUCAGGGGGAGCAGGGUCUGAUGAGGAGGGUUCCUAUUCUGGAGGCAUGGCUGCACCGCGGGCUUGUCUCAUCUCCUCUCCUGGGACACACUACACAGCCACCAAAGCCAUGGGCACUGUCCGGACAACGUGGUUCCAUCUGGAGCCCAGAGUGGGGCUCAGAAGUGAGGUCAGGUUUGCCUUAGACUUUUCCAGGGCCCUGAGCAGUGAUAAUGCAGGCUCCUGCAUAGCCCGGCUGCCCCAGCCAGGGGGGCCCCCAGGGAAGGAUGGGCUGGAGGCCUACGGAGGAGCUAUCAUGUGCCCAAAGGAGCUGAGGGCUGAAGGCAAAGGACACUCACCACACAGAGGGAGCUCCCACACGUGUGGCUCCCAGGACGUGGCACAUCCCCAGGGGCGGGACACCGAAGUCCCAGGGCCAGCGUUGCUCUCCCUGGAGGAGGUUCCUGCUUCGUGGGUAGCAGGCGGGGGCUCCAUGCUCCAUGGGCCCUGCUGGGCACCAAUGCUGCCCCUCCAGGAGGAUGAUUCUUUUGAACUGGAAGAGGUGCAAAGCACCAGUGAGGAUGAGGGUGGCACCCCCGAGGCAGCAGCCUGGCUGCCCGCACCUGCGUUGACGAGACAUCGGAGGCGUUUCAUGCUCCAUGCCCACAGUGCGCAUUCUGACAGCAGCGGUUUUGUGGAGGAGCCGGCGCCCAACUCAACGCCCACCACCCAGCUUCCUGAUACAGCCUGCUCCAAGCUCGGCAGGCCAUUGGGGGGCCCAUGUGGCACAGGGCAGGCUGUGUAGGUCAGGACUCCCUGGCUGAGGGACCUCAUCUGAGCAGGAGGAAGAUAUCUGCUGUGUCCAGGCCACACACUUCUUCCAGCCUAUCCCAAGCCCCUUCAUGAGCCAUGACAGGGUCCGGGCACGAUCCCUGGGGCAGAAGGAUCACAGAUUCCUGGGCCUGGGAACAGCAGAAUUGUGCCUCAAAUUCAGACAGCACCAGGCAGCCAGGGAAACCCAUGACCCUGGGCAUGGAGCAGGAGGCACCCACCAGGGAUCCAGGGUGACCCAGAGCAUGGAGCAGGAGCACCCACCAGGCAGCCAGGCCAACCCAUGUCAUGGAGCAGGGGGCACCCACCAGGAAUCUAGGAUGACCAAGGGGUGCAGAGUGGACGGGGCAUCUACUCCCCAGAGUGAGCCUGGGGGCAGGUGGACAGCCACCUGCCAGGCAGCCAUGGUGACCCAAGGGUGCAGAGUGUGGUGGCAGGGGUACCCACCCACCAGGCAGCCAGGGUGACCCUGGGGUGAGGGGGAGGCGCAGCUCUCUGGUAUUUAAAAAAGAAAAUUUGUUUCAUAACUUUUGACAAAAACUGCAGAAAAUCAUCGUCCUUCCCCCAGCCCCUAGUUCGCCAGCGAGAUCAGUAACCCUUGGGGCACAGCGAUGGCCUUGCCAGGGUGAUGAUGGGGUGGAGUUAGGGGGGAUUUCUCUGCUUUGUUGAGUUCCCCCUGCUGGCACAAAUGGGGAAUUGCUCGGCUCCACAGGCUCCAUGUGACCUGCGGCUCAUUACUCACAACCUCACUAGCACUUUGGAACUGGUUCUUGUUACACAUGCUGUAGCGCUUGCAACACUAGGACAUCUGGGAUCCUGCCUGGGAACAGCCCAUGCACAUUGUAAAUAAACACAUGGAGAGGA